GCUCGAGCGGUUACGGGCGCCGCUGAGUCCCCCGCGCAGCUGGAGGGGCGCGGGCUCCGCGGGCACCAUGAGACCAGAGACGGCGGCCGGAGCCCGGGAGGCGCGGGGUCGCGUCUGUCAUUGCCCCGCGGACGGUGCCCGGAGGCCACCGCCGCCGCCGCCGCCGCGCGAGCCCGAGAGCUCUACACCGUGGAGACCUUGGACCCUGACGCCUCGAGAUGCUGAGCGGACCAGACCUGGAGGCCAGCUGGAAGCUGGGGGCGACCAACAGACUUCUGGAUCGAAGGGGGCCUUUGGGUUUCAGCAUCCUGUAAGGCUUUAUUUACCCGUUUCCAAGCGCCAAGAAUACCUGCAGAGUUCUGGGGAGAAAGUGCUGGCCAGUUUCCCCGUGCAAGCCACCAUCCACUUCUAUGACGACGCGUCGGACUCGGAGGACACAGAGCGCGAGGAAGACCCGCCGCCGCCUCCCCGGGAGGCGCAGGGCUGGGCGGAGGACCGCCCAGGAGGUCCGCGCCGAGAGGAGCUGGUGCGCCCUGGACAGAGGUCUGGAGGACAGGGUAGCUCCCCGGGGGGCGCCGAGUGCUCCUCCUCCAAAUAGGUGGGGUCUCCCGGGCCAGACCUGCCUCGCAUGCCCUCCUGGGGACAGCUGUGCCUGGACACUUCUCAUUUGCCCCGGGUGUGCGUGGGGUCGGGGCGGCCUUGGCUUUGGCCGUCUCUGUCCAGCACUCCAUGUAGGGUGAGGAGGACUCGCGGCUGUCCCUUUUCCUUGGGCCGACUCUUCCCCGGGGCACCCCUGUGCACCACCGGGAGAGGGGUCCAGCGCCAAGGGGACCUUUGCGUCCACACGGGUUCUUAGCGGGCUGGGUGGACUUCCAAAGCGCGGUCAGCGCGGCCACUGCCUCUCGCUUCACCUGAGGCGCAUUAUUUUGCUAUUUCUGCUUUUGUGGAAAAGACACUGUGAGAAGGUUGAUGUGCUUGGGUAGUGGCAUUCUGAAAAACUUAUUUAUCAAAAACAAACAAAAUGCCCUGGCUGGCGUAGCUCAGUGGAUUGAGCGCGGGCUGCGAACCAAAGUGUUGCAGGUUCGAUUCCCAGUCAGGGCACAUGCCUGGG